AACUGUCAAGUAUCAGCUGACUCACAGUCACACUCAAUGAAAUAAAUACUAUUAUUUUUGUAUUUUGUUAUGUAAAUAAUACCGUUGACCACAGAAUACUAUCAUACUUGGACAAUAUUGUAGAUGCAACCCAAUAAAUGUUAUUAUGCAUUUCUCAACGCAAUUAUAACCAGCCAAAAAAGGUGAUACAGUGCAUCAUAGGCAAAUACCUUUGAACAGAAUGUCCAAAGCCUAAAUUAAAGGAAAAACGAAAUUGUAAUAAAAUAAUGACUCUAUUUUUCUUAUCAUUACUGAAGAUAAAUCAGCGUGUCAAUUUACAGUUAUAAUACUCUUCCUCCCUAUUACUCUUGUUUCCGCUGAGGUCAAUCCAUUUUAACUACAUUGGUUCAAACUAGAUUGCUGCUCCAUUUCAACGUAUUCUUAAUAUGAUUUCGUUUUGAACAUUGAAAAAAUUUCUAUCAAUUACCAUUGUUAAUAAAUGAAUGGAUAUGUGAACACAUCAGGAUUUAAUCAGGCUAUGUGAUAUAAAUAAGCUAUGGCGUCACUUUGUCAGCGUUGGCGAAUUUGGAUUCUACCAUUACUGACGUGCCUUUAUACACUAGUCAUCAUCAUCUUAGCACCACUCCUGCUCAUAAACUCGAUAAAUAAUGGAUUCAGAAAGCAGGAUCAAGGAGCAUUGGUCGGAGGUGCAUUCGUUUUAUUGGCUCUACCGAUUUCUUUUUAUGAAAUUGUUCAACACAUGAUUCAUUACACACAGCCAAACUUGCAGAAAUAUAUCAUCAGAAUAUUGUGGAUGGUUCCUAUUUAUGCAGUUAAUGCCUGGCUUGGACUCAUUUUCCCUGAUAGCAGUAUAUACGUGGACAGUUUGCGAGAAUGUUACGAAGCAUACGUUAUUUACAACUUUAUGAUGUACUUGUUGGCCUACCUUAAUGCUGAUCGUCACUUAGAACAUACUCUUGAACUAUCGCCACAAGUUCAUCACAUGUUUCCCUUAUGCUGUCUACCUGAUUGGGAAAUGGGAAGAGAAUUUGUCCACAUGUGUAAACACGGCAUUCUGCAAUACACGGCCGUCCGACCUAUUACAACAUUGAUCUCAUGCAUUUGUGAGAUGAAUGGAGUUUAUGGGGAAGGUGAAUUCAGAUUAGAUGUUGUUUUUCCAUACAUGAUUGCCUUUAACAAUUUAUCUCAAUUUGUUGCCAUGUAUUGUCUCGUACUAUUUUAUCGGGCAAAUUCCGAGACACUGAGACCCAUGAAACCUAUUGGAAAAUUCCUCUGCAUUAAAGCUGUAGUGUUCUUUUCUUUUUUCCAAGGUGUGAUCAUAGCAUUCUUGAUAUAUUUUGACGUUAUAUCAAGUAUAUUUGAUACAGACGACACAAACGAUAUAAGAAACAUUUCCUCCAAACUGCAGGAUUUCUUAAUUUGUAUUGAAAUGUUUUUUGCUGCAAUAGCCCAUCACUACAGCUUUAGUUAUAAACCUUUUGUCAAUUUAGCCCAAAGUCAAGCAUGGUGGGAUGCAUUUAGAGCGAUGUGGGACGUUUCUGAUGUACAUAAUGAUAUAAAAGAGCACUUGGGAGUUGUGGGCUCAUCUUUAAGUCGCAGGAUUCGUGGUCGUAGCUCUUAUCACCAAACUUGGGGAAGUGCAACGGAGCGCACCUCUCUGUUAUCUGAAGUACCACCUCCAACAGCGCAAAGUGCCCCAGCAUCUUCAUUUGUCGGUUAUGAUUCCACUGAAGCUGAACAGACUCUAUGUAAUCCACAUGACUCGAUUGCCGGAUUUAUUGACCUGAGUCCUGAGGCAACGGGAAGCAAUGAUCAUGUUGUCAAUGCGUAAAUAAUUAACACAAAGAACCUAGAUAAAUAAAAAAGAACAAACUGCGAUGUCAUUUAUACCUGUACAUAAAUCUGUAUAUUAAACGAUUUUUUUCUAUGUUAGAUUGUUUGUUAUAAUGAGUUUCUGAGCUGAGAGAAUUGUCAUCUUGAGAAUUAAACUUGAUUUUUUCAAUUAAAGCCUCAGGUAAAGUGAUAGAAAAUGUACGAAAUAACAAUUGCAGGAUAACAUUUGAUCUUGUAUGUACGUAAAUAAAUAUGAUAUAAUAAAUACAAACGUUUAUACACCAAGUUAGAAAAACUGUUACAAUAAAUGAUAAUAAAAUAUUUUCCACAUUC